AUGCUUAUAAAUAAUAUUUUUAGUCUUUUAAAUGUAUUUACACGAUCCGAAUCAAGUCAAUUUAAAGAAAAAUGUGGCCAUAGUGUUCUAUUAAAUAAUAAUUAUUGGGUAUUACAACAAACACGCCAUGCACUAGAAGCUAUCUAUAAAAACGAACUAACAUUUGCUGCUUUACCUUGGAAUCGAAUUUCAAUGUCUAUUCAACAAGUAUACAAUGCUUGUUUAAUCGACGACAUAAAAUAUUCUAGAGAACGAAUGCACGUACGCAAAGCAACAUUAAAAGCAGGUACCUUACUUGCUAAAAAAGUCAAAGAUAUCAGUUACCCACCACGCUGA